AUGCCACUUAUCCACUCUCCGCGACCAAAUCUCCUUGCAUCGCUUGGAGGAAAUGCGCCUCCCACGCGGCCAUUUCUAAUCUUCUAUUCUGAUAUUGUCGAUGGUCAAAUGUGGUGUCCUGAUUGCCGCAAUGUCGAAAACGUUGUGAAGCAAGCUUUCGAACCUGUUGACGGACCGACAGGCAUCAUACGCUGGGUAGGAAACCGCGCAGACUGGAAAUCGCCUUCCAAUGUGUACCGGAAAGAGUUUAAUAUUAGCUCAGUCCCUACUAUUAUUCGGCUCAAGGAUGGCAAAGAAGACGCACGUCUGGUCGACCGUGAAAUUCUGGACUCGGCCAAACUCAAAGAGUUCCUUCAGGGCUGA